AUGGCACCAACAGCUCAACAGGACGAAGAGUCUAGAUAUGCCGAGAUAGCGCGGUCGUUUCCUAUCGUUGACACCCACAAUGAUUUCCCCUACCUCUUGAGAGUUCAACUAAGAAACCAGAUCCACACUCACAACCCCUUCAACUUCAACGGAGAGCUCACAAGCCACACAGAUCUCCCAAAGCUCCGCAAGGGAGGUGUUGGUAUCCAGUUUUUCAGCUGCUUUAUCGAGUGCAAAAACCCUGACUACUUGUACCAAGAUUUCGACGCCGCAAACAGCGCGGUGAGAGACACUUUGGAGCAAAUCGAUGUCACCAAGCGUCUGAUUGAUGAAUAUCCUGAUCAGAUGGAGUACGUCACCAAUUCGGUGGAGGCUUUGGAAGCCUUUCAGAAGCACGGGAAAAUUGCAGUUACCAUGGGUGUUGAGGGAUUGCACCAGGUAGACACCUCACUAGGUGUUCUGAGAGAAUACUUCCAUCUGGGUGUGAGAUACAUCACUUUGACCCAUAAUUGUGAUAACCCCUUUGCUACAGCAGCUUCGUCAGUAAUUGGAGGCUUGCCAGAUAAGGGCCUGAGUGAUUACGGAAGAUCCUGUGUGAAAGAAAUGAAUAGAUUAGGCAUGAUGGUGGACCUUUCUCACGUCAGUUACAAAACUAUGCAUGAUGUACUCGAUGUAACUAAAGCCCCCGUUUUAUUUUCUCAUUCCUCUGCUUUCUCUCUGACACAACACGAGAGAAACGUGAGAGACGAUGUGCUAGUGAGACUGAAGGACAAUGGUGGGGUUGUCUGCGUUAACUUCUUUCCUGGCUUCAUCGCACAGAACGGCAGUACCUCAGCCACAAUUCACGAUGCCGUGGACCACAUCGCCCACAUCAUAGACAUCGCAGGCUGGGACCAUGUUGGCAUGGGAAGUGAUUUCGAUGGUAUUCCGGAAGGUCCCAAGGGACUUGAAGAUGUCUCCAAGUACCCCGAUCUUCUGAUCGAGCUCAUGAAGAGAACAAAUGCUUCGGAUGAACAGAUAAAAAAGGUUAUGGGAGGUAAUGUCUUGAGGAUCUGGAGGCAAAACGAGGAUAUUGCAAAGGAAUUAUCCAAAGAAAUCCAGCCUGUUGAAGAGAACUGGAAAGAGAGAUCUUGGAAGUUUUACGGUUAUGUCAAGGAUUUUCCAGAGGUUUAUCCAGGUUCUAAUAAGGUGUAUGAGGAGACUACUGAAUUCGACAAUGAACAAACAUUGUUCAUCACUGAAAAAUAA